AUGGGUGACAGAACAUGCAUAAGGGAUUUGGCAAAGAUGUUCCAUAUUGGAGAAACAACCUUUUGGAGAAUGAUAAAAAGAGGUAAUGUUAGACCACACACAAAUCCUCUACAUCCUGGUUUGCAAGACCCCAACAUGGUACAAAGAGUCAAAUGGGUUAUAAAUUUACUAGAAGGGGACAAUCCACAAACAAAGAGGCAAUACCAACCAAUGUUUGAUUUUGUGCAUAUUGAUGAGAAGUGGUUCUACUUGAGCAAAAAAGCACAAAGGAUGUAUUUGGGGAGGGAUGAAAGGGGCAAAUACAAAUCAGGAAAGUCAAGCAAGUUUAUACCAAAGGUAAUGUUCACAGCAGCAAUUGCAAGGCCAAGAUUCAAUUCUCAAAAUGAAUGCACAUUUGAUGGCAAAUUGAUGAUCUUUCCAUUUACUUAUCAAGAAGCAGCAAAAAGGAAUUCAAAAAACAGCGACAAGGGAACAAUGGUCACUAAAGUGGUUGAACCAGUCAGAAAGAAGGAAACAAGCGACAUGCUCAUCAAUCACAUUGUACCAACAAUGAUGCGAAAAUGGCCUCCAAGUGAAGGUCCAAAAACAAUAUCCAUACAACAAGAUAAUGCAAGAACACACAUAACUCAAUCUGAUAUAAUAUGGCAACAAGUGCAUCAACAAGGAGACUUCACAUUCAUUCUUGUUCAACAACUACGAAACAGUCCAGACUUGAACAUAUUAGAUUUAAAUGUUUAG